AUGGCAAUCAGACCAGCACCAGCACCAGACUCUGUGGCCAAAGCAGCAGCAGCCAGCAUACAUCAGCCACGAGAUCCCAACACUCUAUCGAACUACAAUGCUUGGCGCAUGAAGCAUACGACCGCUGACUUCCACAUCGACUUCGAAGCAAAGCGUCUGAAGGGUACCGUGCAUCUGACAUUGAAGAAACUCGCACCAGAUGCCAAUCAAGUCAUCCUUGACACCAGCUUCCUUGAGGUUUCAGCCGUCAAGGCCAACAACAAGCAAGCCGGCUUCGAGCUGGCUACCAAAAGGAUAGAGCCAUAUGGCUCGCCACUCACCAUCUCCUUGAAGGACGAGCACACUGAUUCAUCUUCUUCUGAACUGACCCUGAGCAUCGACGUGGCGACCACAUCCUCCUGCACAGCUCUACAAUGGCUCACACCGGCUCAAACAAGUAACAAGAAGCACCCAUACAUGUUCAGUCAAUGUCAAGCCAUCCACGCUCGAUCACUGUUCCCUUGCCAAGACACUCCGGAUGUGAAGUCCACAUAUACGUUCAACAUCCGGUCUCCACUUCCUGUAUUGGCAUCUGGCUUACCCGCCGGCAUCAGCGACUUUCAGCCGGGCAAGGACAACCAGCCGGGAACACUACUCUACACAUUCGAUCAAAAGAUACCUAUGCCGUCGUACCUCUUCGCUAUAGCCUCCGGCGAUAUUGCUUCUGCAUCCAUCGGUCCACGGUCGACCGUCUGGACUGGUCCUGAAGAGCUGACAGCCAGCCAAUGGGAAUUCGAAGCAGAUACAGAAGCUUAUAUUCAAGCAGCGGAGAAGAUCGUCUACCCCUACGCCUGGACGACCUACAAUGUUCUUGUCCUACCACCAUCCUUUCCUUACGGUGGAAUGGAGAAUCCCAUCUUUACUUUCGCCACACCAACAGUAGUAAGCGGUGAUCGCCAGAACGUCGACGUUAUUGCUCAUGAACUCAGCCAUUCAUGGUCCGGAAACCUUGUCACCAACGCCAGCUGGGAGCACUUCUGGCUGAACGAAGGAUGGACAGAAUAUCUUGAGCGCCGACUACAAUCUCUGAUCCAUGGUGGUGACAAGUAUCGAGACUUCAGCGCUAUUAUUGGCUGGAAGGCAUUAGAGGACAGUGUGAAGCAGUUUGGUGAGGAUCACGAAUUCACCAAGCUUAUCCCUAGUCUCAAGGGCGAGGAUCCGGAUGACGCAUUCAGCAGUAUACCAUACGAGAAGGGUUUCACGUUUCUGUACUAUCUGGAGAAGUUAGUCGGCAUCGAGAAGUGGAAUAAGUUCAUCCCGCACUACUUUACGGAGUUCCGGGAACGGAGUGUCGACUCCUACGAGUUCAAAGCUAUGCUUCUCUCUUUCUUCGAGAACGAUGCCGAAGCGAGUAAGAAGCUGAACGAUGUCGACUGGGAUACCUGGUUCUACAAGCCUGGCCUGCCGCCAAAGCCAGACUUUGACACCGAAUUGGCCGAUCAGUGCUACGCUCUCGCGGAUAAAUGGACGGCUCUCAAUGAGGGCAAUGCUGGAGAUUGGAAGCCCAGCAGCAAAGACAUCGAGAACUUUAUGUCGAAUCAAUCUGUCGUCUUCCUCGAACGCCUCCAAUCGUCCUCAACACCUCUGAAACCCGAACAUAUCCAUACGAUGGGCCAAGCAUACGGCUACGCUUCUUCCAAGAACAUCGAGCUCGUCUCGCGAUUCUAUGUCUUAGGUCUCGUGGCGAAAGCUAAGGAGAUCUAUGAGCCUGCGGCGGAAUUGCUUGGGAGAGUUGGAAGAAUGAAGUUUGUGCGGCCACUAUUCAGACGGCUGAUCGAGGUUGAUGCGGGGUUGGCGAAGAAGACGUUCGAGAAGAAUAGGGACUUUUAUCAUCCGAUUUGUAGGAGCAUGGUGGAGAAGUUGUUUGAAAAGGGUGGGAAGGGCGCCGAGUGA